AUGAAGUGGUUGGAAACGCACAGUGCGAACAGUCUUAAUUCAAUUUUGCAUUUUGUUUUCUUUCAGUUCUACGCGAAGAUUUUCGUUUAGAGCCACAAAAUACGAGAGUUGCACAAGGUGAAACGGCGUUGAUGGAAUGCGGUCCACCUAGGGGCUCACCAGAACCACAAAUCACGUGGAGGAAGAAUGGACAAACAAUGGAUUUGACUAAUUCAAAGAGAGUGCGCAUCGUUGACGGUGGUAAUCUGGCUAUUCAAGAUACCCGACAAACUGAUGACGGUCGAUAUCAGUGCGUCGUUCGUAACAUUGCUGGGGUGCGUGAAAGUUCUGUCGCUUUCUUGAAAGUACAUGUUAAACCGUUUUUGAUACGAGGCCCGCAAAAUCAAACUUCGGUAGUUGGAAGUUCCGUAACAUUUCAAUGUCGUGUCGGUGGUGAACCCUUACCAGAUGUUUUGUGGCGAAGAAGUGCUUCCGGUGGUAAUAUGCCCUUAGGACGUGUACAAAUCUUAGAAGAUCGUAGCUUGAGAUUGGAUGGCGUCACAUUGGAUGACAUGGGCGAAUACAGUUGUGAAGCAGAUAAUGCUGUCGGUUCAGUUACAGCAACUGGAACGCUUUCCGUUCAUUCUCCACCCAAAUUCACUGUAAGACCAAAAACACAAAUUUCCGAAAUUGGUAAGGAAGCCCUGUUUGAAUGUCAAGCUUCUGGUUAUCCAAAGCCAACGAUAUUCUGGUCGAUUGAGGGAAAUCGAACACUCAUGUUUCCUGGUAUGAAAUAUGGAAAUGUUGAAAUUUCCAUCACACCUGAAGGUCGUAGCGUCCUAUCCAUAUCGAAGGUGCAACGAUACGAUGCGGGUAAAAUUAUUGUAUGCAGUGCAGUGAACAGUGUUUCGUCCGUAAGCAGUCGUGUCGUAUUGUCGUUAAAUCCACAAGACGAUCGACCACCGCCAAUCAUAACAUUGGGUCCAACCAAUCAGACAUUACCUUUGAAAUCGGUUGCGGCCUUACCAUGCAAAUCGAUUGGGAGUCCUACUCCUAUUAUCUCGUGGUAUCGCGAUGGUAUUCCUGUUAUUUUAUCGGAACGUAUUACCCUCUCCGAAGAUGGCACUUUGACAAUUACCGAUCUUAAAAAAGAUGACGAUGCUGGAUUGUAUACUUGCGUCAGCAGUAGUAGGAGCGGAAAGUCAACUUGGAGUGCGUAUUUAAAAUUGGAAAUGCCGACAAAUCCAAACAUAAAAUUUUAUCGUGCACCCGAACCAACAACAUUCCCUGGACAGCCUGGAAAACCGCAAAUUGUUGAGAAAACAGAAAAUGGUGUGACAAUCGCAUGGACUCGAAGCAAUAAAGUUGGCGCAUCCAGCCUUCUUGGUUAUACGGUGGAAAUGUACGGUAGAAAUGAUACAGAUGGAUGGCUGCCAGUUGCUACUCGUUUACAAAACACCACUUACACACAAAUUGGAUUAACAGCAGGCAUUAGCUACUAUUUUGUUGUCAGAGCUGAAAAUAAACAUGGUUUAUCGAUGCCCAGCCAAUUGAGUGAACCAAUUUUGGUCGGAAUGAAUGAGUUCAACAUUGGUUUGGAUUUGAGUGAAGCUCGUGCAAGUCUAUUAUCUGGGGAUGUUGUUGAACUUACCAAUGCGACAUCAACGGAGCCAACCAGCAUGAAACUUGUGUGGGAGAUAAUCAAUGGAAAAUAUGUUGAAGGCUUUUACAUAUAUGCUCGACAAAUUGAUUCAGCAAAUGAAACGUAUAAAAUGUUGACCGUAUUGAAUGGUGGCGGAGCGUCUACGUGUACUGUUACCUCACUCCUGAAAUAUACACUUUAUGAAUUUUUCAUCGUGCCAUUUUACAAAACUGUCGAAGGCAAACCAUCAAAUUCACGGAUAUCUCGAACACUAGAGGAUGUACCAAGUGAGCCACCUUCGCAUAUGGAAGCUUUAUUAUUGAAUUCUUCUGCGGUUUAUUUGAAGUGGAAACAACCUGCUAUGCCAGCUCAUAAUGGUAUUCUAAUAUCGUACAGUAUUAUCGUGCGUGGCAUUGACAUCAAUCUGAACAAAUCACGAGUCCUGACAAAUGUAACGAUAGAGGCAAGCACACCGACCCUAUUGCUAGCCAAUUUAACAGAAGGCGUCACCUAUACAGUUAGUGUGGCUGCUGUCAAUAAUGCUGGCAUUGGACCAUAUAGUUCACCGGCUACACUGCGUUUGGAUCCGAUUACGAAGCGGUUGGAUCAAUCGUCGUCACACAGAUAUCCCAUAAAUCAUAACCAUAUGGAUGAUUUCCUAACGCAGCCUUGGUUUAUAGCCCUAUUAUGCACAAUUUUGGUUGUUAUGAUUUUAACAUUCUUCGCGAUGGUGUUUGUUAAGCGGAAGCAUAUGCUGAUGAAACAAAGUGCGCUCAGUUCAAUUAGAGACGAUCGAACUAAUGGUGUGCUCAAAAUAUCAAGUUUAUCGAGGAAUGGAAAUGGAUUUUGGUUAGACACGACAGGAAUGGUCUGGCGUCAAACGGAAAUACCAAAAGACCAGAUAGCAGACUAUGCACCCGUUUGUACAGUUCCACCGCCACACGAUGCCGAUACAAACAGAUGUGACUAUUCAAAUUAUCCGGCCGAUUAUGCAGAAGUUUCAACAUUCCGCAAAACACCCAGCGAAUGUAGUGGCAAUCGCUCACCAGCCCCUUAUGCAACCACAACACUUGUGGGUGGUACAAGACUGACUAAUUUUAGGCAUAAUUCACAUCACAACAUGUACUUUUCCAAUGAACUCUAUCCGCAAACGAAUCGCGGCGUUUAUUCGGAAUCGUAUUUCAAUCCGAAAGACAAGGUGAACAUCACCGAAAAUAAAUUAGUGAAUCACUGUAACACAUACAAUGCAAGCGUAUCAGUGCCACAAACACCAAUCGGAACAAUAAGACCAAAUCGAUUAAAAUUAUCGCGAAUGCCGAAUUUUCGAAUAAGUUUCGGUGAUGGUAUCAAUCAGCAGCAGCAACAACAACAACAGCUAUCACAUAACCAUAAUCUACAACAACAACAACAACAGCCCCAAACAACCGAACAGCAAGAGCAAUUAUAUGUUAAAGUCGGUGAAACAAAUCCACCAUCUGAAGUAUACGUAAAUUGGAGUCAAAAUCAAAAUCAUCGCAGCCAACAUCAACAGCAACCAAAUCGCUACCAUGAAAAGCAUCGAAAGGACAUCGAUAAGGAAAUGAUUUAUGCACCGUCGGGAAAUCGAAGUAUUAUAAGUUAUGUGAGUGCAAAUAAUCGAUUCGAUGAUGUUUAGUCGAUCCAACACAUACUUUACGUUGGAUAUUCAAUACGCUUUCGAGACACAUCACUGCUGCCACAGGAUGUGUUAUAUGUGUUAUAUAUGUGUGAUGAUAAAUUACUUUAAUGUAAAUUAUGAAUUAUUAUCUGUUGUGUCGGUACGGUAAAAAAAUAUGAAAACGAAGCGGGCGCUUUAUGAUAUUUAUACUUGAACCACUUACCUGAUACUCGUAUUGGGAAAUACAAUAAAAUCCUCUCAUGACGUAUCCAAUCUAAUCACACGAAACACAAAGUAAGACUGACCUUCGUUAAUUUAUUGAUUCAUUUUCUUUUUCCCGAAUUAUUUUUUACUCACGUCCUGAUAUUUAUAGGGGAUAAUAAUGUUUCAAUUGUUAUAAGAUUCAAGAAACUAAUUUUUACGAUGAAACGGAAGCACGAGAGGUCUUUAAAUCGAAUCUUAAAAGUUGAAGAGGCGAAGGGAUUUUUCUAGCGAAAUACACCAAUGAACUAACGGAACUCGUUAAACUCAUUGUGAUGAUCAUUGAUCUACACAUAACCUUAACAUUCGAUGGACUUUCAAUCGAAAAUUCUACUAAUUUCCAAUUUGGGGAAGUACAAACCUUUAGCAGAGUGUAGGCAGACAUAAGAAGUGACGAUUUACAAUCCAAUUCAGUGUAUUCAUUUCACAUACAUUACCAAUGUAACGACAUUUGCAUGUAAUAUUUUAACGAAGUGACUAUUCGCAACCAGGUACGAAUAGCAUCCAUUUUUAACGUGGAUAUCGCAUUUGUAAUGAAUAACAUCAAUGGGAUUGCAAUGAAAAAGUUUAUUUGUUCGCUCUGUUGGCGCUCUGAUCGAACAAGUUCGGCCAACCGGUCUUUCCAUUUCAAAUAGUGGCACGGGAAAUUGUUUUACUUUAUUUGCGCUGCACCUCAUGUGAAUUCAAUAAUGUCAGUUCUUCUUAUUCGCAAAAUGAACGGUCAGAAAGAUGUUCGCUAAAUUGCUAUUUUACCGAUUGGACGACCUUACCAUUACCACCCGACCGUGAAGGUAAAACGCUACAAGAGAAACGUUACUAUCUUUGAUGACUCUUUCAACUAUAAUUCUUGCAUACGAAAAUGUAAUUUUUUAUGACCAAUUAUAUAGCUAUACUCCUAACUAAUCCCACUUAAUAGAGUGCAGUAAAAUUCGUACAAAUUGAUUUCGUUCAAUUUACUUUCUACUCUAUUUUCAUGCGUGUUUUAAUAGCCGAGUUGAGUAGUGCUUCAGAAGCCAUUAAAUACGGGUUGAAAUGAAAAUUGAAAAAGUUUUUUUGUUUCUGUUGCUGAGAAUCAACUUCGCCAGGUAAUAAAAAAUCAUGUGAGAAGAAAUUUAGGGAAAAAAAUAAAUAAUCAGAAAAUGUGAUGUGUACAAAGUAAAAAUAAAUUAAUUAAAUAAAUGUA